AUGUUGGCCCUCAUGGCCGCCGGCUCCGUCUUCUUCCCAGGACUCUUCCUGCUGUCCAAACGCUCACUCACACACACGAUGGGAUGGACGGAGGGAGACGCUGCCACUGUGUCUGCACGGUUGGUGUCGUCCGUUCAGGCCGUCAUGGCGUCAUCAGCCGGUUGCAUCAUCGCUUCGUCCUGCAGUGACAUCAUCGAGGACAAACACUGGCUGACUGACGCCUACAUCCUGUUCGCUACGCCGUACUUCGCCUACGACGUGUACGCCAUGUUCCUGUGCUACUGGCACAAGCUGCGGGUCAAAGGUCACGAGGAUGACGCUGCCGUGAGGUCACAGGGCGCCGCCGUGGCCGGGUACCUGCGCAGGGAGCUGCUCAUGGUGCUGCAUCACGUCUUCAUGGUGGCCUUCUGCUUCCCCGCAUCGCUGAUGUGGCGGCAGGGUAAAGGUGAUUACUUCCAGGGCCUUUUGUUUCUGGCUGAGCUCAGCACACCGUCCGUCUGUCUGGGGAAAGUCCUGAUCCAGUACAAGCAGCAGCAUACUAUCCUGCAUAAAGUGAAUGGAGCAGUGAUGCUGCUGACCUUCUUCAGCUGUCGUGUGCUGCUCUUCCCGUACCUGUACUUCGCCUACAGCAGGUACGCCUCCAUCCCGCUGUACACGGUGCCUCUGGUGGCUCCGUGGCAGUGUAACCUGGGGGCCGCUCUGCUGUGGCCCCUGCAGCUCUACUGGUUCGCUCUCAUCUGCAGGGGGGCCCUCAGGCUGUCGACAGGAAGUCCGAGCUCCACGCUGCCGACUAGCAGCUGCACGCAUCAUCACGAUCAUCAUCAUCAUCAUCAUCAUCACGAGGCGGAUGAAGGAUGAAGAUACAGAGACGGAGCCACAGAGACUGAUUCUGCACAUUAAACCAGAGAGACGUUUUUUUUUUUUUGGUGUAACGUUUA